GACGUCAGACGUGUGAACAACAAACACUUUUGGACUUGAAGCUAGCGAAUGGAAACGCCAGACAAAACAGUUCCUGCCGACUUGUCCCUGAAAGCGAACCCGUCUCCGCGACCAGCGCGCCCGGAACGUAGCUAACUCGUUUCCCAACGACUGCUGGAACCGACAGGUGUAGCGUCGUCGGUCAGGAAGCGAGCCCCGGCGCUAACAUUAGCCACGGGAACAUGCUCACUGCUCCGAGUGUGACGCCUGUUUUUUUCCUCGCUGCCGCGGAUCCAGGGCUGUGAUGCAGCACGACGGAGGGUGAGACCAGAACCGAGAAAUCGCUUGUUUGACGCUGGCACAAUGGGCUUUAUCUGAACGAAACCAAGUUAAAGCGGACAUGCGAGCGAACACCGGCCUGGGUGUCGCUCAAUCCAUGUAAACCAACGCUUUGCUCGCGGACUGUGGGCUCACUUUGCUAGCGUAAUGGAGGCUCCCUGAACUGCUGGUUUAUUUCAAUUCAUUUACCUUUCCCUGUUCUAAUCUGGACCGUUUAACCACACGGUUGCAUUCAUAGUUAACCGAAUCAUAGUCAGCCCGUCUACUCUCCACUGUAUAUUGGUGUUGGUAGUUGGUUUACUCCCAAAACAAAUCAAACUUGUUUGCUUGGCUGCUCAGGGACCACUGCCCUGUCGAUCCCAUGGUUCCUAGUUAAUGUUUCACCGACAGCAUGUCUGACACGGUUUAAGUUGUCCUGGGAAAUUGAACCAUGAAUAUCGAAGAGCAGCGUCUAGACUUGUGCAAUAUCAAAUCUAUCAACAACGUGGACGAUGAGCUGACCACCAACACCGAAGUGGUCAUCACGAGUAUCUCGGAUUUGGUAACGGAUAGUCAUUCGGAUAAAUUAAACAUUGUUGCCACAGAGGCCUCCGACUGCUACCUGAUGCCUCAGCUCACGGACAACAACAUCCAAGUGGUGGAGCAGGACAACCAUCAGCCUCGAGAAACACUGGAUGAUGAGGUCAAUGGGAAUAAAAGGACCAGUGCAGAGGACACUCCUGAGGACCCUCCUGGCCUGGUCAAUGAUGACCAGCACAUAGACAAUAUUGUGGUGGACAAAAUGAAGGAAGAUAAAGAUGUUGAGUUUGCUACUGACGACAUGGAUGAUAAUGGGGACAUGGACAUUGGCGUCGAUCUGAGUCUGGAUGAGACUGGGGUGUUGGAAGGAGACACAACAACUAGCAAGUCUUUACCGGAUUCCAGUCUUACAAGUCAGGUUGUUCCGGGAGAUAUUCUGUCGGAUCCAAGCCAGGCAGGUGGAGCUGGAUCAACAGAACAGGCUGUGUUGUACCCUGUGGUGGAAGAAGUGGACAGCACGCACAAACCAAGUGGAAAACGGGUGACUUUUCCAUCAGAUGAGGAUAUUGUUUCUGGAGCAGUGGAGCCCAAAGAUCCCUGGAGACACGCUUUGAAUGUGACAGUGGAUGACAUCCUUUCUUCAUACAAGCAGGCUUGCCAGAAGCUCAACUGUAAACCUAUUCCCAAAGUGCUCAAGCAGAUACAGGAACUGAGAGACCUGACUCAGCGCAACGAAUGCUUCGAUCUGAAAGGUGAGAAGUUAGACUACAAAUCAUGCGAGUCUCUGGAGGAGAUAUUAAAGAGAGUCCAGUUCAAGGUGAUCGACCUGGAACAGACAAACCUGGAUGAAGAUGGAGCCUCGGCUUUGUUCGACAUGAUCGAGUAUUACGAGUCAGCUACGCACCUGAACAUCUCCUUCAACAAGCACAUCGGCACGCGGGGAUGGCAGGCUGCUGCACACAUGAUGAGGAAGACAAGUUCUCUGCAGUACCUUGAUGCACGCAACACUCCACUGCUGGACCAUUCGGCUCCUUUUGUAGCCAGAGCUCUCAGGAUCAGUGGCAGCCUCGCGGUCCUCCACCUGGAGAACGCUGGUCUGUCUGGCAGACCGCUGAUGUUACUGGCUACGGCGCUGAAGAUGAACAUGAACCUUCGCGAGCUGUACCUGGCAGACAACAAGCUCAACGGCCUGCAGGACUCUGCACAGCUCGGCAACCUGCUGAAGUUCAACUACAACAUCCAAAUACUGGACCUGCGCAAUAACCACAUCCUGGAUUCUGGUUUGGCUUAUGUGUGUGAGGGAUUGAAGGAGCAGAGGAAAGGCCUUGUCACCUUGGUGCUAUGGAACAACCAGCUCACACACAAUGGCAUGGGAUACCUCGCUUCUGCACUGCCUUGCACACAGAGCCUGGAGACUCUGAACUUGGGCCACAACUCGGUGGGGAACGAGGGUGUUCACAAGCUUAAAGACGGACUCAUUGCCAACCGUUCUGUGCUCAGACUGGGUCUGGCUUCCACCAAGCUGUCAUGUGAAGGAGCUGUUGCUGUGGCCGAGUUCAUCGCAGAGAGUCCCCGGCUGCUGCGUCUGGACCUCAGAGAGAAUGAGAUCAAGACGGGCGGACUCAUGGCACUGUCCCUCGCUCUGAAGGUCAACACCUCGCUGCUGAGACUCGACCUGGACCGUGAGCCCAAGAAGGAAACUGUGAAGAGCUUCAUUGAGACACAGCGCGCCCUGCUGGCUGAGAUUCAGAAUGGCUGCAAGAGAAACUUCAUCUUGGCAAAGGAGAAAGAAGAAACAGAGCAGAAGAUGAGACAGUCAGCGUCCAUGGCUGAGAUCGCCUCAGAAGAUGGGACCAGAGAGGGAGAGGAAGAGGAGGAGACUGGGAAAAAGGAGGAGAAAACAGAGGGAGGAGAAGGUCAGGAGGUUGAAAAGAAGCCCGAGGUCAGCACUCCAUUAGGAGCUGGGCCUGAGGCAAGUGGUCCUCAGGUGACCGGGGACUCUGAUUCAGACACAGAGGAUGAGGAGGAGGUACAGGUGGUCACCAAGUCUGCUCCCACAAAUCAUGCACAAAUGACUGAACAGCAGAAUUCAGAGACCUCCACUGGGGAGAAACAGACCACCGUAGGUGCUUCCUCACCGUCGCCUCCUGCUGCUGGACCAAAUCUCAUUUCAGGAAUCACAGUCACUGAAGCGCCUGUUCCUCCUGGCACCCCGCCUUCUCCAGGUCGCUGUAUUUCAGUCUCCAGUCCGGGCAGAGGGCACAAGAUCUUCAUGGUGACUCGAGUGGAGAGCCCACCGGAGCAGCAGCAGCAGCAGGUGCCUACAGCCAGCAGCCACCAUUUAAUGAAAUCAGAAGCAGCAGGUGCAGUAGGACCACAAGCAGCACAGCAGGAGGCAACACCUGCAGCACUGAGCACUACACCAAUCCCCACACCUGAGUCCACUGCUCCGCCCACAGAGGAGGCAGCAGGCAGCACUUUAGUUUCACCCGAGGCAGAUCCAAGUCCACCAGAAGCAACCAUGCCUUCACCCUCCUCUGCGGAGCCCACCUCAGAGCUAGCAGCUGAAAGUGUGGAGCAGGCGGACGAGGACACACCGGAGGCCAGCACAGAAGGAGAACACAUGCAUCCAGUCACUCACACACAGCAACAGACGCCGACAUCAGAGGAAAGCCUGAGCCAGGAGUCGCCCUCAGAGACAAACCUGCCUGCACCCGCCGGUCAGGACCUGACAGAGCCGGAACUGCUGGAGACCUCUGGGGCUGACUCCACCUCCAGCUCUCCUCCUGAGGAGUCGCCUGAGGAGAGCUCGGCUGAAGAGGGGGAGGAGAGCGACGUCCUAGCUCCAGCGUUGCCCAACGGUCUGAAGUCCGAGUUCUCUCUGCACCUUCUGGAGGCAGAGACGCCCAAACCUGGCAGCUGUGUGAUGGAGCACGUGAGUGUCAGCUGCUCCCAGGACCUGGAGGAGCUGCUGCUGGAAGCCAGUUUAGACACCGGCAGGGACGCACCAUGACGGGGUGUUGGAAAGCGCUGCAGAGGGGUUUUGUGACACAACUACGAGCCGGCUUCUAACUGGACAGUGAUUUUUGGAAACUUUACCACCAGAACAGCUGAUCACAAAAACCUCAAGAACUAAAUUUGGCCCAGACCAGUUCAACUGGUCCCAGUUGGACUCACCCACACUACAUAAACCACUGACACACAGAAGGCUCAGAAGAAGGCGGAACACUGCAGCUGGUCCGUCUGCUGACAUGAGCAGGGCAGGAGAGUCGGGGGGGGGACACAAGGUGGGUGGACGACGUGCGAACCAAAGACUGUCUCUCACCUCUACGUGCUCUGCUGUCGCGACCUCAGCUCGGUGGUUCAGAGGGAAACAAGUCCGCUGAGACUCAACGACCAACACUGAUCCUGCUGACUUGUUUUGUCUGUAGGACGACGUAAACGUCCUCGUGUCUUGUUUUUAUCGUCUUCUCUGUCUUUCUCCCAAAACAAUCACAGGGACCUUAACGAACGUCGCCCCCCUUGUGUUCGUGCUCACGCUUGUCCUCGCUGACUCGUCCAUAAACUGUGGACAAAACUUUAGCGCCGCUCUGUUCGGAUCUUGUGGCUGUCGAAGGUUCAAAACGUUAAACAACAAAAAAAUCAUCUCCCAGUCAUUGCAGUACAGAUGCAAGAGACAUUGGUAUUUCACUUCCUGCUUUGUUCUUGUAACAAAAGACACUAAUACUUGUGAAAGAUGAGCAUCUUCUCUGUCUGACCGUAAUGCCUCUGGUAGAUGAGCAACACAUGUUCCGCUGCUUCAUAAAUUCACUUCAACAUUUUUUUUAUCGUUUUUAGAAUGAAAAAAGGCACAGAAAAAACCUGCAUGACUUUUCAUUUAAAAAAUAUCUGUUUAAAAGUCUCUUAACCUCUCGACUCGACAUCCAGGCCGCUGCUGGCGAGGUUUGGAACUGCGUUUAGUAUACCAUCCACCAGCGUUUGACUGAUGCUUUAUAUGAACUUCAACAGCCACAAAACAGCGUUAUACGUUCUGCCCCCUCUGUCUUGUCAUUCACCUCAAGCUCUUCAUCAUCAUCAUGUUGCCUUCAACUCCGCAUUUCGGUGUGUUCUUCCAUCCAAAAAGUCACCAUGUAUUUAUUUUAUAGCUAUAUGAGAAUUUCAGAUCUAUGGAUCCCCAGUUUUAUCCUUUUCAUUUGCCUUUAGGACCCGCUCCCUCUGUUUUUGAUGUAUAUUUCAUUUAGAGCAAAUAUUUAGUUUUAUUUCCUUUGGUUUGUUUCUCUGGGAAUUUGGGGCUUGAGGGUAAAUAUGGAGGGGUCACUCAUCUACGGUUUUCUAUCAGAACUGCUGGGUGGGUGUGUGGCCAGCAGAUGGCGCCACUGGGGGUCUGACCGAGGCAGGCGCCAGUAGAAGAUGUUUAUUGUUCUUUUUUUUCCUGGAAUUGGCUGCAAGUACCUGCAGCUUCUGGCCAGAUCCACCCAAGCUACAGAUCCGAGAGUUAAAUCAACAAUGCUGUUCCCCUCACCCCACCCCUCCGACCUCCUCCCCAACACUGUUUGUAAUGCUUUAAUUUUUAGGACUUUUUAAUGAUGAUUUGUUAACUUAAAUGAAAUGUGCUGGUAAUCACAGACAAAUGUAUGGCGAAAUUUGUUCCUCUCCAAUAAAUGCAUGUAACGUUCU